AUCAUUGGGCCUUGUGCAGGUUGUUGGAGAAGUUUGUUAGGGCGGCUAUAAUGUUGUAAAUUUUUGUUGGCUGCUCAUCUAUUUAUUACAAAAAUAAAUGGAAGAAGAUAUAGGAGGAGAAGAAAAGCCAAUAUUUAGAGACAUAAGGCGUUAUUACUGUGAUUAUUGUGGCAUUUGUAGAUCGAAGAAGUCUCUUAUCACAUCUCACAUCCUCACCCACCACCAGGAAAUGGUCAAUGAAGAAAUUUUUGACGGGGAUCAGAAAAUGGAUGGAUUACAAUCCAAUACUUGUGAAGAAUGUGGUGCUAGUUUCAAGAAACCUGCUUACCUAAAGCAACACAUGCAGAGUCAUUCACUUGAGAGGCCAUUUAUUUGUACAGUAGAUGAUUGCCAUGCCAGCUAUAGAAGAAAAGAUCACUUGACUCGCCACCUGCUUCAGCACCAAGGCAAAUUAUUCACCUGUCUAAUUGAGAAUUGUAAUCGUGAGUUCACCAUUCAAAGUAACAUGAAGAGACAUGUUAAAGAAUUUCAUGAUGAGAAUUCUUCAUCCCCUGAUGUUAAAGGUCAGAAGCAGUAUAUCUGCCAGGAAGCUGGUUGUGGAAAAAUAUUCAAAUACGAAUCUAAGUUGCGAAAGCACGAGGAAUCACAUGUUAAGUUGGAUUCUACGGAGGCAUUUUGUUCUGAGUCAGGAUGUAUGAAAUACUUUACAAACAAGCAAUGUCUUGAGGCACAUAUUCGGUCCUGCCACCAACAUAUUACAUGUGAGAUAUGUGGUAGCAGGCAGUUGAGAAAGAACAUCAAGCGCCACAUUCGCACACAUGAAGUGAAUGAUUCACCUGAAAGAAUUGAAUGUACAUUCAAGGGUUGUCACCACUCAUUCUCCACUAAAUCAAAUCUUCAGCAACAUGUGAAAGCUGUGCACCAUGAAAUCAGACGUUUUGCUUGCGGACUUUGUGACAUGAGAUUCGCCUACAAGCAUGUGAGAGACAACCACGAAAAGUCUUCGUGCCAUGUUUAUACCCCAGGUGAUUUUGUCGCAGCUGAUGAGGAAUUCAGGUCAAGGCCUAGGGGUGGCCGUAAAAGGAAGUUCCCAACAGUAGAAAUGUUGACAAGAAAGAGAGUGAAUGCUUUGGGUUCAACUGGAUCCUGUCUUGUGUAUGAAGAUUGAAUAGAUAACUAUUAGCUAGCCACUAUUUGACAAACCUAGAUGUAUGCAAAGUAAGGUAGUAUUCGUAUAUUUGUUUAGAUAUGGAUCUUUAUGUAUUGGGCACCUAAAUUCAAUUAUGUUUAUA